CUGACGCAAAGUUACACACUGCAGGGUGCGGAAGUUGGUAUUGCAAACGACUACAAGAAACGCAACUUUGUCAUCCGCGUUCGUGCCGAGGCUGAGCAAUUCUUGCUAGAGGUGGAAUCUCUUUCUGUCUUGCUGAACGUCAUUCAUGUUCUUGAGACAGCGAUCGAUAUCAGUCUUCCACUAGAGAACAGGAAAAUGCCUGGGUCAUCGAGGUAUCCACGC